AUGAAGCACCAUAGGACAUGCACAGGAGAGAAACCCUUUGAAUGUCCUGAUUGUAGGAAAAGUUUCAGUCAGAAUUCCCACCUGGUGACACACCAGAGGACUCACACAGGAGAGAAACCCUUUGAAUGUCUUGAUUGUGGAAAAAGUUUCAGUGAGAAUUCCAGCCUUGUGAAACACCAGAGGACUCACACAGGAGAGAAACCCUUUGAAUGUCCUGAUUGUGGGAAAGGUUUCAGUGAGAAUUCCAGCCUUGUGAAACACCAGAGGACUCACACAGGAGAGAAACCCUUUGAAUGUGCUAUCUGUGGGAAAAGUUUUGUUUGCAAUUCCCACCUGGUGACACACCAGAGGACUCACACAGGAGAAAAACCCUUUGAAUGUCCUGAUUGUGGGAAAGGUUUCAGUCAGAAUUCUCACCUGGUGACACACCAGAGGACUCACACAGGAGAAAAGCCCUUUGACUGUCCUGAUUGUGGGAAAAGUUUCAGUGAGAAUUCCUGCCUUGUGAGACACCAGAGGACUCACACAGGAGAGAAACCCUUUGAAUGUGCUAUCUGUGGGAAAAGUUUCAGUCAGAAUUCCUGCCUUGUGAUACACCAGAGGACUCACACAGGAGAGAAACCCUUUGAAUGUAUUUAUUGUGGGAAAAGUUUCAGUCGCAAGUCCUACCUGGUGACCCACAAGAGGACUCACACAGGAGAGAAACCCUUUGAAUGUCUUGAUUGUGGAAAAAGUUUCAGUGAGAAUUCCAGCCUUGUGAAUCACCAGAGGACUCACACAGGAGAGAAACCCUUUGAAUGUCCUGAUUGUAGGAAAAGUUUCAGUCUGAAUUCCAGCCUUGUGAGACACCAGAGGACUCACACAGGAGAGAAUCCCUUUGAAUGUCCUGAUUGUAGGAAAAGUUUCAGUCAGAAUUCCCACCUGGUGACACACCAGAGGACUCACACAGGAGAGAAACCCUUUGAAUGUCUUGAUUGUGGAAAAAGUUUCAGUGUGAAUUCCAGCCUUGUGAAACACCAGAGGACUCACACAGGAGAGAAACCCUUUGAAUGUCCUGAUUGUGGGAAAGGUUUCAGUGAGAAUUCCAGCCUUGUGAAACACCAGAGGACUCACACAGGAGAGAAACCCUUUGAAUGUCCUGAUUGUAGGAAAAGUUUCAGUGAGAAUUCCAGCCUUGUGAAACACCAGAGGACUCACACAGGAGAGAAACCCUUUGAAUGUCCUGAUUGUAGGAAAAAUUUCAGUCAGAAUUCCCACCUGGUGACACACCAGAGGACUCACACAGGAGAGAAACCCUUUGAAUGUCUUGAUUGUGGAAAAAGUUUCAGUGAGAAUUCCAGCCUUGUGAAACACCAGAGGACUCACACAGGAGAGAAACCCUUUGAAUGUCCUGAUUGUAGGAAAAGUUUCAGUGUGAAUUCCAGCCUUGUGAAACACCAGAGGACUCACACAGGAGAGAAACCCUUUCAAUGUCCUGAUUGUGGGAAACGUUUCAGUGAGAAUUCCAGCCUUGUGAAACACCAGAGGACUCACACAGGAGAGAAACCCUUUGAAUGUGCUAUCUGUGGGAAACGUUUCUGUGGGAAUUCCCACCUUAUGAGACACCAGAGGACUCACACAGUGGAGAAAUCUUUCAAAUGUCCAGUCUGUGGACAUUACUUCACUCAUAAAUCAUCCCUUAUUGCACACAAGGAAAUCCACAUGAGGCAAAAGUUGAAGAAUUUAGAAAAGGCUUGAAAUUCAUUUGUGAUCUCCCAUUGAAACUGUAGUUGAGAAAUUGACUAUUUGAAUUGUGGUCUGAAUCUUUUUACUCAAACAUGUCUCAGGAUUAGACUUGUAGGUGGAGAGAAAAG